CUCUAAUUACAUUUUAAAAAGGUCGAUCGGGUUAGGUUUAAUUUAUUUACCUUAAUGUGCUAAAAGCAAUGGCUACAUUGAAGAUAGACAGACGUGGUGCAACAUUAGCUCUUGAAAUCAAAGAGUGGCUAGAGUCACAAGGCAUAGAGCUAUCAAAGGAGGAAGAGCUACCCAUGGACUCAUAUACUCAUAAGGAGCGCUGGAAGUCUGUGCAGCCACCAAAAAGAAGUAAGAACCAUGAGGACCGAUUAAGGAGAUUCCUGGAAUACGAAGGAAAAAUAUUAACGUUCAACGUUGUUUGGGAUAACAGGGACGCUGAAUACGGAGAACUGACGGAAUACAAAAUGUUCUACUUUUUGCAAGACGAUACCAUCGCUGUUAAGGAGAUACACGAUGACAGAGGUGGAAAAGAUCCUUUCCCUCUUCUUCUUAAGAAGAGAAAAAUACCCAAAAUGUGGAAAGAGAGACCAUCAUCAUUCCCAUCGAUUGCUAUGGAAACAACAGAGGAGGAAAUAACCGAGUUCUAUUCGCCGAGGGACCUGAUUGUGGGUGAAACUGUGUUCGUUCUCGGCCGCCGUUUCCUGAUAUUCGACUGUGAUAACUUUACUAGAAAAUAUUACAGGACAAUGCUGAACAUUGAACAGCCCCCACGCAUUGAGGUUCAUCAUGAGACUAAGAAAGAGUUUCCCAAGAGUAUUCCUCCUCACAUUGGUAUCGGCACUCCGGAGGACACGUUGCAGUCCUGCUACGGCCUGACACCAAAGGCUCCACACAAAGACGUCAUCAAAUACAACCUGAAUGCUAACAAAUACCUACGCUACCUCUGUGAGCUGGACUGGAUACACCCAGAGGACAAAGACCGUCAGUUCGUCCUCUCUUACAGUCUCGCAGACGGUACCAUUAAGAUUGGAGAAAUACCGCGCCGUAAUUCAGGAAUACGCGAAGGAAAGUUCUUGAAGUCGAUGCGUUUGCAAACGCCAGAAUCUGACCCUAACUUUCCGACCUACUACACACCAGAAAGAUUUUAUAUUGGCGCAAUAGUCCCGGUCUUCAAGCAUCGUUUCAAAAUAGUAGGUUGCGAUCUCUUUGUGUACCGCUACAUGAGUGCCAAUCCGAACAAGUUCCCGCAGGAAGUCAUUGACAAUAUACGUAACUAUCACAUGAGAGAGGGCAAUUUGAAAGAUGAACUUGAGGAGGCAGUUCGUGACGAACAAGCGGCAGACACAAGAGCUCGUUUGGCGAAGAUUGGACAAGCGGCUGUGGCAGAACCAAGCGCUAUGGAGCGCUGUCUCACCUCGCUCGAUGUGGUCGAAGGCAGUGCCUCACCACCACGCCCACCAACACCACCUAUGACCACAGACCGCAUCUCUUACGACGACUCCUUGCGCAUGAUGAGACUGAGUAAGCCAACAUGCGACAACGUGGUACCAUUAAAGGGCAUCCUCAAAUCAAGUGCUGCUCGUGAUGAUCAUCAGAAAAUAGUAUGCUUCAGUGGACCGGCUCCUGAAGAACGACAGGAACCCACCAAGCCAAUAACUUAUGCCCCUGGCCAACAACCACAUUAUAAUGAAGACGAAGAUUUCUGCGAGAAAUAUAAGGAUACGGACGCGGCGGAACGAGCAGAGCGUCGGGCUAAAGAUAUAUGCCCGUACGAAAUUAUACCAAGUGAACGAGAUCAAAACGCAACUGAUGAAGAAGUUUUGAUAAAACCCAAAUUACCAGGAUACCUUGGGUCAUAUGGAGUGGAUUGUAAGGCGAUUCCCGACUAUAUGCGCUUACAACCGGAUGCCUACGAUAAAAUCAGGGAUCUACGUCGUGAGGUGCCGGAGAUUUCGCCUGCAGCAGCACGCGCUGCAGCCUACCUGCAAAAGCCGAUGCCUCCUUUGGAGGCCUGCGCGGAACCUCCACCCGAUAAGCCAUGUACGAGGACGAGGGCUGAAGACGUUUCAUUUUCUUGCCCACGCGAGGAACCAGGAAUGCCGUGCUGCGAUAUUGACAAAAGCUUCCAGUAAUAUGAUUGUUUUUUUUUAUUAAAUAUAUUAUUUUUAUUGAGUGGA